AUGGCUAAAACUACAGAGGUCAAAGAGGCGCUUCGAUGGAGGACUGUUAUCAUAUUAGCUGGCAUUCCUCAUGCUAAUACUGUAGAUCUGGAUUACCAGGGCUACCGCUUCCCAGCUGGCACCAACUUUACUAGUAACAUGUGGGCUAUUCACAGGCAUCCACGCGACUUUCCCGACCUGGACAGGUUCAUGCCAAAGAGAUUCCUUGAGGGCGAAGACAGUGCGAAACAGCCGUACCCGAACAAGUAUGGAAUGAAUCCUUUUGGUUGGGGACGUAGACAGUGUAGCGGCCAGCCGCUUGCCGAACAAGGUCUUCUCGAUUCCCUUGCGCGAAUGAUGUGGGCGUUCGAUAUUUUGCCAGAUCUUGACGAGCAUCAAAACGAAGUCAAGCUGGACAUAUUCGCCUGCACCAACAGUGAGAAUAUGCGACCGGAGCCUUCCCGAGUGCGUCUCAUCCCACGCUCGGACGCAGUUAAGAAUUUGCUGUUAGAUGAGGCUGGAGAAGCACGUGAGGCGUUGCGAAUCUAUGAUAGAGAAACCCGAAUGACGAUGGAAGACGCUGCCAACUACGCAGCAAUAUAG